UCCCAUUAAUCUCGUAACGUCGGAGCAAUCUUUCUUCUCAUUUUUCUCUCGUCGCAGCUUCGAAGAUUCUAGAAAAGGAACACAGAGAGAGGAAGAGAUGUCUUAUGUUCCACCUCACCUUCGGCAAUCUUCUGCAAUUCGGAGCUCCACAGCUUCCAAAGCUACAUCAGAAACCCUAGAUAACAAUCAGAAAAAUUCAUCUUCGAGCCUUCAUUACUCUUCUCUUCAGUCCUGGAGCUCAUCCUCUGCUUUCUCCGGCAUCUCCAAUGCCACUCAUCGGACCCCCACCAGUCUCCCGCAUUCUAGAGCUCUCCCUGCGCUUGAACCUGUUUUCCAGCAGUGGAAGCCGUCCGAGAGAGUUUUCCGUCUGAAGCCUGAACAGAUUGAAGAGGUUCGCUUGCGAUUGAAUGUUGAUAUUACUGUUGCUUCAGAUUCUCAACCUGCUCAUGCACCAAUUGAAUCCUUUACAGAUAUGUGUUUGCAUCCGAGCAUCAUGAAGGAUAUUGCUUUUCAUGAGUACACAAGACCAACUUCUAUUCAGGCCCAAGCAAUGCCUGUUGCUCUUAGUGGAAGAGAUCUUUUGGGUUGUGCUGAGACUGGGAGCGGGAAAACUGCUGCUUUCGCUAUUCCCAUGAUUCAGCACUGCUUGGCUCAACCUCCUAUUCGGCGUGGUGAUGGACCUUUGGCUCUAGUAUUGGCUCCAACAAGAGAGCUAGCCCAACAGAUAGAGAAAGAGGUCAAGGCUUUUAGCAGAUCUCUGGACUCCUUCAAAACUGCUAUUGUUGUGGGUGGAACAAACAUAGGAGAGCAGAGAUCUGAGCUGCGAGCAGGAGUAAAUAUUGUGGUUGCCACGCCGGGAAGAUUUAUUGAUCAUUUGCAGCAAGGAAAUACCUUUCUUUCUAGGAUAUCAUUUGUCGUUUUAGAUGAAGCUGACAGAAUGCUGGACAUGGGUUUUGAGCCACAGAUAAGAGAGGUGAUGCGGAACCUUCCAAAAAAGCAUCAAACUUUGUUGUUUAGCGCAACCAUGCCUGUGGAGAUUGAAGCACUUGCACAGGAGUAUCUUACUAACCCUGUCCAAGUAAAAGUGGGCAAAGUAAGCAGCCCUACGGCGAAUGUAUCUCAAAUAUUGGAGAAAGUCUCUGAAAGUGAGAAGAUUGAUCGGCUUCUGGCCUUGCUUGUGGAUGAGGCUUCUCAGACUGAGAGUUCUGGCCAUCCACAGCCACUGACCAUUGUUUUUGUUGAGAGAAAGACGAGGUGUGAUGAAGUCACAGAAGCUUUGGUAGCGCAAGGUUUGCAUGCUGUUGCUCUUCAUGGUGGCCGUAGCCAAAGUGAAAGGGAGGCAGCUCUUCGUGAUUUUAGAUCUGGUGCUACCAAUAUUUUGGUUGCUACUGAUGUUGCAUCUCGUGGUCUGGAUGUAACUGGAGUUGCUCAUGUUGUUAAUUUAGAUCUUCCUAAGGCAAUGGAGGAUUUUGUGCAUCGGAUUGGAAGGACAGGGCGUGCUGGAUCUACAGGCCAGGCUACAUCAUUCUAUACUGAUAGAGACAUGUUCCUUGUGGCACACAUAAGGAAAGCAAUUGCAGAUGUAGAAUCUGGAAAUACUGUGUCAUUUGCAACGGGGAAGGUUGCAAGAAGGAAGGAGAGAGAAGCUGCAGCUGCCCAAAGAGAAGCAAGGCUUGCUCUAUCCAAAUGUUCAGUGUUGGGUCCAGCAUCAAUAAACAUUGAGGACAAGUACAGGUAUAUGCUAACCCCAACGAACCUGAAGAAGGAGGGUGCUGCUGAUGAUGCUUGGGAUGACUGAU